AUGCUCGUGUUGAACGACUCGGAGCACGCGACAGAUAAGAAUAUCUUUACGACUGCGACGAUUGACGAUAUCAUCAAAUCGACAUUCGGUAGCGUUAAAACAGAGACGAAAACAGAGACGAGAAAGAAGCUCAACGCAUCAAACGUUAAAUUUUUACAAUCUCUGGGAUUCGCGCAGGAUCUGUAUACGUUGCCGUGCGAAAGUUUUCUCUACGUCGAAGGAACAUUGACGGUGACCGGAGCAGCCGGCCAAGCCGAUAACGUGGUAUUGGGGAAUAAUUGCGUCGCGUUCAUGUUCGAUGAAAUUCGAUACGAGCUCGACGGUGUGGAGAUUGAUCACUGCAGAAACGUAGGAAUAACCAGCACGCUCAAGAACUACGUAACGGUAUCGUCCAACAGAAGCGUGAUCCUGCAAAACGCGGGCUGGGAACCACAUAAUAACCCCAACGGAUACUUCAAUUUCUGCGUACCGCUCAACCUGUUACUGGGAUUUUGCGAGGAUUACAAACGCGUGUGGCGAAUGCCUCACGUGGUAUUGAGCGAGGUCAACAAGCUGUCGAUGCUGCGCGCCUUGGGAAACGGACGAUAUCUAAGUAUGGGUUUCCGUUCGUGGGAUCUGUACGAGUAUCCCCUGUUGCAAAACACGACCAAGCACUCGUGGGCCAUUAAGACCGCGACUCAGCUUGAGAAACCGCGAUACGUCGUCUUUGCUUUGCAAACGGGUCGGAAGAACGUCAUGUCCGCGGACACGAGCCGAUUCGACGACUGCAAAUUGACCAACGUGAAACUCUACCUAAACUCGGAAGUCUAUCCGUACGACGAUUUGAAUUUGAACUUUGGUAAACACAGAUGGACGAUUCUCUACGAUAUGUACGCGCGUUUUUGCAAGGGCUAUUACGGAUACGAAUAUCUCGAGCCGAGUCUCACCGUUUCGACUUUUCUACGUAACGGCCCGUUCGUGAUCAUCGAUUGCUCUCGACAAAACAAAUUCGUCAAAAACGCCACCGUGGAUGUCAGACUAGAAUUCGAUUGCAUGGAGAAUGUACCGCCGAAUACCUCCGCGUACUGUCUCAUCAUACACGAUCGCGUGAUCGAGUACAAUCCGUUGACCAACGUAGUGCGCAAAAUAGUCUGA